CGUCAGCAGUGUGGUGUGUGCUUGGUUGUGUAAGACAAGACUAAACAAGGCGCGCUCCAGGACGGAGUUGGCGAGGCGUGGUAAUGGAGUUGCUGCGGACCAUUGCCUACCCGCCCGGUGGCGGCGGUGCCAAGUGCUGCGAGGCGUCGCAAGGCAGAGCGGCCGGCGGCGAGUCGCGAAGGAAGAAGGCAGAGGAGCAGCCGCACCAGCACGCCCACCCCGCCGCUGAGGUUUCCCGGAUUAUAACCGAUCCCACGACGGGAAAGCGUUACUGCCGCGGCAAGGUGCUCGGAAAGGGUGGAUUUGCCAAGUGUUAUGAGAUGACAGAUUUGACAACAAAUAAGGUUUAUGCUGCAAAAAUCAUUCCUCACAGCAGAGUAGCAAAACCUCAUCAAAGGGAAAAGAUUGAUAAAGAGAUUGAACUGCACAGAAUGCUUAAUCAUAGACAUGUUGUGCAGUUUUAUCAUUACUUUGAAGACAGAGAGAAUAUUUACAUUCUUCUGGAAUACUGCAGUAGAAGGUCAAUGGCUCAUAUCCUAAAAGCGAGGAAGGUAUUGACAGAACCAGAAGUACGAUACUACCUCAGGCAAAUUGUGUCAGGGCUAAAGUAUCUUCAUGAACAGGAAAUCUUGCACAGAGAUCUUAAACUAGGUAACUUCUUCAUUAAUGAGAACAUGGAACUGAAACUGGGAGACUUUGGCUUGGCAGCUAGGCUGGAACCACUGGAGCACAGGAGGAGAACAAUAUGUGGCACACCAAAUUACCUCUCUCCAGAAGUCCUCAAUAAACAAGGGCAUGGCUGUGAAUCUGACAUCUGGGCCUUAGGCUGUGUAAUGUAUACAAUGCUGUUGGGAAGACCUCCAUUUGAGACCACAAAUCUUAAAGAAACAUACAGAUGUAUAAGGGAAGCAAGAUACAGCCUGCCAUCGUCUCUCUUGGCACCUGCAAAACACUUAAUAGCUAGCAUGUUGUCAAAAAAUCCUGAAGAUCGGCCCAGUUUGGAUGAAAUAAUUCGACAUGAAUUUUUCUUACAGGGCUUUACACCUGACAGACUUUCUGCUAGCUGUUGUCACACUGUUCCUGAUUUCCAUUUGUCAAGUCCUGCUAAAAAUUUCUUCAAAAAAGCAGCUGCUGCUCUCUUCGGUGGUAAAAAGGAUAAAGCCAGAUACUUUGACACACAGAACAGACUAACUAAAGAAGAUGAAGAAAUCUACAAGCUGAGGCAUGAUUUGAAGAAGACUUCAAUAACCCAGCAGCCUCACAAACAGAGAACAGAUGAGGAGAUCCAGCCUCUUAUCACAACAGUAGCAAAGCCAGGAACAUUGCCAGAAACUAAGCAGACUGGUGACUCUAUUCGGAUGAUAGUCAGAGGAACUUUAGGAAGCUGCAGCAGUAGCAGUGAAUGCCUGGAAGACAGUACCAUGGGAAGUGUUGCUGAUACAGUUGCAAGAGUGUUGCGAGGAUGUCUGGAGAACAUGCCAGAGGCAGACAGCAUUCCCAAAGAACAGCUGACAGCAUCCUUCCAGUGGGUUACAAAAUGGGUGGACUACUCCAACAAGUAUGGCUUUGGGUACCAGUUGUCAGAUCACACCGUUGGUGUCCUUUUCAACAAUGGGGCACAUAUGAGCCUUCUGCCAGACAAAAAAACGGUCCACUACUAUGCCGAGCUAGGGCAGUGCUCUGUCUUCUCAUCCACAGAGGCUCCUGAACAGUUCAUUAGCCAAGUGACUGUACUGAAGUAUUUUUCUCACUACAUGGAGGAGAACCUCAUGGAUGGAGGGGAUUUGCCUAGCCUAACAGAUGUACGCAGACCCAGGCUUUACCUCUUACAGUGGCUUAAAUCUGAUAAAGCAUUAAUGAUGCUCUUCAAUGAUGGCACGUUUCAAGUGAACUUCUAUCAUGAUCACACGAAAAUCAUCAUUUGCAACCAAAGUGAAGAGUAUCUCCUUACCUACAUCAAUGAAGAGAGGAUAUCCACAACGUUUCGUCUGACAACUCUUCUGGUUUCUGGAUGUUCAUUGGAACUAAAACACAGAAUGGAAUAUGCUCUGAACAUGCUGCUGCAGCGAUGUAACUGAUGGGGAUGACUCCAUUAAACAAAUGGACCUUCUUGUUCACUGUGAAAUCAACAGUGGGGAUAAUAGAGCAACUAGUAUGUUGGUGAUGGAUGUGUGGUGGUACGAAAACUUGACUUGUUCUAGUGUGCUGGGCACACAUCUAUUAGAAGUGUAAGCAUACUCUUCAACUAAAGUGGUGUGACAAGGAGUUCUUUGGACCAUAAUUUUCCUUGUUGUAUGUGUGCGUUAAAGAUAUUCUUGACUUGAACUCUGAGCAGAUUGUGACUGUUUGCUCUAAGAGCAUUUCUGAUGGAGUUAAACUGUGAAUAUGCAUCUGGAAAAGGAGGGGAGAGCUCCAUUGUUGUGGAAUAGCUGUAACAAGCAGCUUCUAGUUGCUUAACUGUGAACUAUGGCCAUACUCUUCUUUCCCUUAUUUUUCAAAAAUGCCCACACUUGUGGCUAGCAAAGUGCAUUCUUUGGUUUGGUUUUUUUUGGUUUGGUUUUUUUUUUAUUUAUUACAGCCUAAAGUGAAGUAUUUAUUACACAACUUUUUUUUGAACCUUGGCAUUUUAAAUCUCUCUUGGCAAUAAAGAGAAUGGAAAUCCGAUGCAUCAUUCUCCCCGCUUCUUUACCCUAUGACAUAAUAGGCUUUGCAUUAACAAACAUCUUGUACCAUUUUAAAGAAGCUUAAUACAGAUCAGGAUAUGAAUGACAACUCCUAACACCAACCAGUUUUUCUGCUAUCACAAGUGCCAAUAUGCUGCUGCUGGUUAUAGGAGUGACCCUAAAACAACUGCUGAUGCAGCUUGCAGAGCAAUAUGUAGGCCUUGACACUUUUUUUUCCUAGGGGAUAAAUCCAGAAGUAUGGAUCUUCUCAAGAUACUGUAUCUCAGAACUGAUGUUUUACAGUGACUGAAAAACUCAUUCCUAAUGGUUGAUAAUUGGUGUACAGUAGACACAAUGAUGAGCUGUAUAAGCUUCCCUUUCUUGGUUGCUGUGGAAGCAUUGCUCUUAUUUGUUAAGGGACUGAAGCAUCGUUAUACCUCAAUGGUAGAAUGAAUUGUCCAUAUCUGUCAAUGCCCUUCUGUUGUGCUUUAUUGUGUGUUUCUACCCUUGGUUAAAUAGUUCCAGUAAAGUAAAAAAUCAGUUAUGGAAGAGUAUCAACUUUUGGUCUUAUUCUAAGUCAGUAACCUUAGACAACCACAAGUGUUACCCAGAACAAAUGCACUUUAUGGUGUACCUAAGUUCUCUGUCAAGUAGCUCAAAACAGUAUUUGAGGACAGCACAGGAUUGGACUGCUGCUUAAUGCAUACCCACUGUUAAUAAAUAUAUGCUUACUAGAGGAAUUGCUUUCCUAAACUGAAGGCAGUAUCAUUUGUCAGCUGAACUGCAAAUAUGUGAGACUGAGGGCUCAACUUGGUCCAGAGGGAGAUGUCCAAGCAUGUUCUUUUUAUUUGUGUAGAUAGUGUAGCUCCUGGGCAUGUAUAUAAACACAUUAGUCUUCAACUGUUGUGAUGCAGCAGCAAAUAGUACUUCACAUCAAAUAAGUGAUUGAUCUACAUAGAACUGAAUGAGGUCUCUUCUGAAAGACAGACCUCAGUUGCCAUCUGUGUUUAAAAGUGGCUGAAUGUGAGGAGCUGGCACCCAAUGUAAUGAAGUGCAGCCUAAAGAAAGUAUAGAUACCAAUUCAAAAUAGUGAAGAAAAGAGGUGUUACUUGCUUCAUCUUGCAGCAGGUGUAAUUGUGAUUGUUUUCCUCAUGCUGAAUACCAUGCAUUAGGCAAUAUUUAUGUACUUCUCAAGUCUAGACAGGAAGACCUAAAUGAGGCCUUCAAAUGGAUUCAUUAAUGUAACUCUAGGCAGUUUGAAGGUAAAUAUACACUUGCUACAGUGAGCAGAAUUCAGCUUUCCAGCUGUCUGCUUUCUUUAAGGUAUAAUGAUUGAUUUUACUCCUGGAUUUAUGUAACAUACAGCCGCUGUUCAGUCCUUUCGUGUUACAAGGCGAGAUCUCACUUUUUGGUUCUGACAGCAGUAGAUACACAAUCUGUGUAAAUUUGAAACAAAAAUUACUUAAACUACAGUACUUCUUCGGAUCGAAAAGUGGUUCUUUUGGUUGACUGCCUCUGUGCUGCAGAAAGUGUGACUGUUCAGUUCAGCUGGUAUAAUUUCUUUGAGUAUCUCAUUUCUAUGGCUGAAAUUUGGGCAAAUAAACUGACCUCAAGUGUAGGAUGUUCAAAAGUGAUGUAGAGGCCCUAGAUUCUGUUGUAGAAUGCUAGCUGGUUAUGGAUGGUUCUAGUACACCUUGCUCAAAUACAGUUAAGUGAAUCAGUUAAUUGCAUGCAAUGUAUAGAAGCCUUGAUGCUUUUCAAAUCUUUCCUUACCCCACUUUUUAUUUUCAUAUUACAAAAUAAGAGGUGUCUAAUCUGAGUAAAGAACAAAUACCCAUUUUGAAGUACAUUACCUUAGUGCUAAUCCUUCAGACCAAGGAAGGAAAGCUGGUGUAAAAAAUAUAAAUACUUGUACAAAGAACAAAAAUUCUGAAAUUCUUUCCCCGAGUAGAUCCUGUUUUAAACAAGGCAUUGUUCACCCAGUCAUGUAACAUCUCUCCUGUAAUUCUGCAUAUGGGAAGGUUAAUAUUAGAAAAGUAAUUGUCUG